AAUACCUCUUGAACACACACAUUUUUUUCAAUCCAACACAAAGUUUUAACAACCAACCAAUGACCAUCAUGCAAACUACUUCCAUUCUUUCCUUUCUCACAUUCUUUACAUCUUCUCUUCUAAUAAUCUCCACCAUAAUCCACCCUUGUUCCGCCACGAUCCCUCGAAAACUCGCCCUUGUACAAACACCAGCCACCAUUUUAAAAUACCACAAAGGUUCAAUCCUUCAUGGCAAUAUCACCAUUAACCUCUUAUGGUAUGGCAAAUUUUUACCUAUCCAAAAAACCAUAAUUACCGAUUUCAUUAAAUCGUUAAAUGCGCGCGUUUCUUCUCCACCAUCCGCGUCUUCUUGGUGGCAAACAACCCGAAAUUACAAAGGAGGGCCCCGAGAUAUCCACUUAGGCAAACAAAUAGUGGAUGAAAAAUGUUCACUAGGAAAAUCACUUAAAGAUUCACAUUUAAUUCAUUUGGCUUCUAAAAAUAAAGGGUUUAACCAAAUUAGUCUAGUAUUGACAUCCGCGGAUGUACAAGUUUCUGGGUUUUGCAUGAACCGGUGUGGGACCCAUGGGUCGACACGAGUAAACAAGGGUCAUAACUUUGCUUAUGCAUGGGUUGGUAACUCAAUAACACAAUGCCCGGAUCAAUGUGCAUGGCCCUUUGUAUUACCCACAUUUGGGCCUAAAAUGCCCCCAUUGUUGGCCCCCAAUGACGUUGGUAUCGAUGGUAUGGUGAUUAAUAUCGCGACGGUUUUGGCUGGGACCGUAACAAACCCAUUUGAUGGCGGGUAUUUUCAGGGUCCGGCUACUGCUCCAUUGGAAGCGGUUACGGCUUGCACUGGAAUAUUCGGGUCGGGUGCAUUUCCCGGGUACCCGGGAAGUGUGUUGGUUGAUAAGAAGACAAAAGUUAGCUAUAAUGCAGCGGGUGUGAAGGGGCGUAAGUAUUUGUUGCCUGCUAUGUGGGAUCCUAAAACUUCAACGUGCAAGACACUUGUGUGAGAGAUGACUAAUAUAUAUGAUUUGCAUCAAUUAUUUAUUUACAUUUUUGUU